UACAACGUCUAGGUUUCUACAACGCAAACUCGGUAUAUUAUACACGCAUACCUACAGCGUCCGGCACUUCCGUUUUAAAACGGAUUCUUGGGGAUUCCGGACUGUGAGGUAUUAUACCCACGAUGUCUGAACAGGAUGAUCUCGAGUAUUACAUUAAAUUCCCAACACCUUAUCCACCGGCUCCGAAGGACCCUUCAUCCGGAAAUAGUGCCGCAGAGCCUCAUGAGGAAUUCGUAUUCGUAUACGACGAAGACAAAUUACCAGUGGUCAUCCUCUUAGGAUGGGCCGGCUGCCAGGACAAAUAUCUCGCUAAAUACAGCGCGAUUUACGAAGAAAAAAGCUGCGUAACCCUUAGGUAUACGGCACCGGUGGAAUGUUUGUUCUGGAAGCGUUAUCGAAUGAAGGAUAUAGGGAGAAGGCUCGUCCAAGUCAUUGCGGAUAUGAAUUUACACGAACAUCCAAUCUUCUUCCAUGUGUUCAGUAACGGGGGUGCAUUUCUUUACCAACAUGUCAGCUUCGCGAUGCAGCAACUGGAAACACCAUUAAAGGUCAAAGGUGUGAUAUUCGAUAGUGCGCCAGGCGAACGAAGAAUAAGUUCCUUGUUUCGGGCCAUUAGUGCCAUUCUUGGCGGACAUCCCUUCACUAACAUACCGAUGUCAUUCGUCAUCACAAUCUUCCUUUCAAUCUUGUGGCUUUUCGAAGUCAUCGCACAAUCUUGGAAGGAAGGUUGCCCGAUCCCAACAAAUCCCAUAGCACUUGCUGAAGAAACGCACUCUUGGCCACAACUGUUUCUUUAUUCCAAUACUGACGACCUCAUACCAGCCAAAGACGUAGAAAAGUUUGCCAGUCGACGUGCUGCCAGAGGAGUCAGAGUACAAAUGGUCAGAUUCACAGACUCGCCUCACGUCAAACAUUACGCUGCUUAUCGGGAGGUCUACAUCAACAUUGUAUGUACCUUCAUUCACGAGUGUUUGAUACCCGAUAACUCGUCAGAUUUAAAAGAAGCGAGCCACCAUACAAAGCCUGUCGAAAAGCCACAACUGACAAAAAGAGUCAUACUUUCAAGCGAAGCCUCGAAACCAUUGAUGUAAAGUAAGAUAUUUUACCAGGGUAGUAAAAUGAUACGGCAACAUAAUUACUAGGUAAAAAUCAAUAAUCGUAUGUUAUAGAUAUGAUAAUAUUUUUCAGGUAACUGUAUCUGAAAAACUUGUGCACAUUAUAACGCUUUCACUUAUUGUUA